AUGCUUGCGUGCGCUGCUCUGCCUGCCACGGUAAACCGCCCGCUGUUUCGAGAAGUUGCAUGUGUUAAAAAUGGCCUGGCAGAGGAUGCCGAUGAUGCACUGAGCAAAUACCUUUUGGAAAAACUGAAGAUGAAAGCAAACAACUGGCUUGGAAUCUGGAAGACUAAUCCAGAGCUUUUCUUUGUCAAUUCAGAAGAUUUAAUUAUACCCUCUGUUGGAAUACUUGUUGAGGUUACUUGGAAGCCACCUCGGAGUUCAUCAUCUCAGCUCAAAGCCUCUGUAUCUGUUGCUGAACCAUUUUCCUCUAAUAUUGCGAAUAUGCCAAGAGAAUUGGUUGAUAACAUUUUGGAGGAUUUGGACCAUUGCGUACCUUUGCUGGAAGUGUACCCUGUAGAGGGACAGGACAAUGCUGUAUUUGAAAUCGCUCAGGCUUUGGAAGUUGUGAGAUUCUUCUACGAUUUCAUUUGGAGGGACUGGGAUGGUGAUGAAAGUUGUGAGACGUACUCAGCUCUGGUAGAAGAGAGAAUUAACCUUUGGUGUGAUAUUCAGAACGGAACUAUUCCUGCUCCAGUGGGUCACCGUUUCAAAAAACAUCUGGAAAAGUAUAAAAUCUUGCGUUUGGAAUUGAUUCAGUAUCAAAGUAACAUUGAAGAAGAACCCACAGAAGAAGAAGUUGUUGAGUGUUGGAAAAAGUACUAUGAACUAGUAAUGCUGUGUGGAUUGCUGAAGAUAUGGGAGGACCUACGUCUCAGAGCCCAUGGACCUCUGACCCCAAGGAUACUAAGGCGCAGGAAAGGGUACAGAGAUGAUGGGAAGACUGUAACUCAUACUGUAGCUAAAGCAAUGACAGCUGAAAUGGUUAAGGAUUUUUCUAUGGACACUCCACUUCAGCAUCAUGAGAGUUUGAACAUGGCUUUAGCAAGCUGUUACAGUGGAGACACCGUGGUUGUUUUCCCAGGAGAAUAUAAGGCUGUAAACUUAUCCAUGUUAACUGAAGACAUUGUUAUUAGAGGAACUGGAAAACCAGAAGAAACCAUGAUUAUUUCAGAACCAACUCACGAGAGUUUCGUUGUAUCCAAAGCCCGAGAUAUAAAACUAACGCACCUUACGCUGGUACAGCAGGGGACAGUCGAUGGUAUCGUGGUUGUUGAAUCUGGCCACAUGACUUUAGCAAAUUGCGUAUUAAGGUGUGAAGGAACUGGAGUCUGUGUGCUUACUGGGGCUUCUCUGACUAUCACAGACAGUGAGAUUACUGGAGCUCAGGGUGCUGGUGUUGAGCUGUACCCAGGGAGCACAGCCAUCUUAGAAGGUAACAAAAUUCAUCACUGCAAUAAUAUCAGAACCAGUGAGACCUCACAUCGUAGCCUGGGCGGCAUUAAUAUUAAGGUUGUUCCUGUCCCCAAACUUAAGAUGAAAAAUAAUCACAUUUUUAGUAACAGUGGCCAUGGAGUCACCAUUCUUCAGCCUACGCAGACAUCUACAUCAGCAGAAGGGAUUGUGGAAUUUACUGCAUCAGGUGAUGCAGAAGAAGAUGCACUUUCCAAAUUAAUUCAAGAUUUACAUUUGGAGAUGAAUACUAAUACACUUGGUGACAUCAAAGAUAUCGCUGUAAUUCAUAGCUAGACAUCUAAGCAUCAAGUGGCAUUUGGCUUUAACAAUUUUGAUUAAAGAAACAAG